ACAGGCCCAGAGCAACCCGAUCCGAGGCGGCAAACUGUGGCGAAGCCGGUGGCUCGGCUCAGUCUCAUUCAGCGAGUCGCGGCGGGCGUUAAGUCGGAUUGAGUGGAGUCCGAUCCAGGUACGAGAUUACGAGUGCGAGUGCGGUGCGCGUCGAGUCAGCGAGCAGUGGCGAGCAGCAACAACACGGCAACUUCAACUGCAACAGCACCAGCAACACCAACGGCAACGGCAACGUCAACUGCAACACCAACAGCAACAUUAACACCAGCGGCAGCCACCGUUGGCGGUUCCGGUCCGCCUGGAGAAAACACUCUUAACUCGAAAGCCAAUAAGCCGUCGGAAAAGUAGGCCCUGAACAUGCCGUCUUUCUAACCGAGACCCUUACUGUUGAAUGUGAAUCUUACCAAUUGCUCACUGCGUGGCAUGGAAGCCUCGACAUCGCCAGGCCCCGCCAGGACAACCAACAAGCUCAGCACAGCAUCACCGGCCACACCUGCAACGUCGCCGGGAUCCCCGACCGCCAUCAUGCCCAUGGCGGUGCCAAUGCCGUCGCAUCUGCAACUGCUGGGCACUGCGGCGGGAAGUGUCGGCCAGCCGUCGGCAAUGUCGCCCGUGUCGCCCACAGCAGCGCCCACAGUUCUUGCCCCAGCGCACAGUCUAAGCCCCUCCUCGCCCAUCCUGGCACAGGGAACACCGCCUGCCCCAACGUUGGGCGGACUCUUCUGUGGAGGCAGCGCAGCUCAAGCCGGGGCCGGGCCAGCAGCUGCCGCAGCAGCCACGAAUCUCAACGCCCUGGCCUCCCAGCACAGACUACUGGAACUGUCCCGGUUCGGACUGAGAGGAUACGACCUGGCCCAGCACAUGUUGUCCCAACAAGGAGCAGUAUCCAAGCUACUAGGCACGCUGCGACCUCCGGGCCUAAUAGGAGGCUCCAAGCCCAAAGUGGCCACCCCAACAGUGGUCUCCAAAAUCGAGCAGUACAAGCGCGAGAACCCGACCAUCUUCGCGUGGGAAAUCCGGGAGCGACUGAUCACCGAAGGUGUGUGCACCAAUGCCACGGCGCCCUCCGUAAGCAGCAUCAAUAGAAUUCUACGGAAUCGAGCGGCGGAACGGGCGGCGGCGGAGUUCGCCCGGGCAGCCAGCUACGGCUACGCCAUGCACCCCACCCACCCGCAUCCGUACACCAGCUUCCCCACCUGGCCGACGCACCAUCCGCUGUGGAGUGCCGUGCCGCUUCCCGUCGGAGCGGGAGCAGCGGGCGCGGGAGUGGGUGGUCUGCCGCCUGGAGGCAGCAGUGGCUAUGGCAGCGAAGGAAACGCCAGCUCGAAUCCCAACAGCAACGGCAACAACAACACCAACAGCGGGAGUGCCUGCGGGGACAGCAGUGCGGGAAGUGGGCGGUUCUCCUUGCCGGCCCUCUCUCCCGACUCGGGGAGCAGGGACAGCCGAUCCCCGGAUGGGGAAGCCAACAGGAUGAUAGACAUCGAGGGAGAGGACAGCGAGUCGCAGGACAGUGACCAGCCAAAGUUCCGGCGGAACAGGACCACCUUCAGCCCCGAGCAGCUGGACGAGCUGGAGAAGGAGUUCGAGAAGUCCCACUAUCCCUGCGUCAGCACCCGCGAGAAGCUGGCUGGCAGAACCGCUCUGAGCGAGGCGAGGGUCCAGGUUUGGUUUUCCAACAGACGAGCGAAAUGGCGGCGCCAUCAGCGGGUCAACUUGCUCAAGCAGCGCGACUCACCCUCGACCUCGAGCUCACCCACGCCGGCUUUCGGCGGACCUCCGGCGGUCAGCAAGGCUCCGGCUCCAGCCCCGGCUCCGGCUCCGGAACCUGGCCAGCAGUCGCUCCAGCCGAUCAGUUCGCAGUUUACCAAUCCAGGGGCCUACUACCACACCAGCAGUGCCACCUGUCACCCAGCCACUAUGCCACCCUGCAACAGUCGCGCGGAAGAGUCCCAGGCACCGGCCCUCCCACCUCCGCAGACUCCACCAGCAGCAGCACCACUGGCAGCGGCCCUGCCGCCUGCCUCAACCACAGCAUCAGCUCCAUUAUCAAUGGGCGGUGAGAACAGCGCCUUCCGCAGCCUGCCCAUGUCCAUGUCGAUGUCCAUGCCCCCCGCCUCGGCGGCGGCCUUCGCCCUGACCUUCGCCCGCCAGUACAUAGCCAAGUACAUGGCCACACCCAUGAGCCUGGGGGGACGGACCAACCCGGAGGAGCACUCCGAGGAGGAGCCGGUGGAGGAGGAGGACGAGGUCAUAAACGUGGAGCACGACGCCGAGUGAUCUUACUAUAUUUUACUUUUUACUCCGGAGGCUCCGCUCCCGAGUCGCUUUAAAUCGAGAAUUUAGUGCAAUUUUUUACUUAAUUUAUUCAGUUUCUACUACGUAUGUAUAUCCGAACCGCGUGCUGAGUACAAAUAAAAAUUGAAAAUUGAAAAAU